AUGUCAGUGUUAUUUCCUUUGUUACAAUCUAUGUACAAGUCCAGACACGUGAAUUUUAUUUACCUACCAUUUUAUGUUGACUUCUUACAGAAGAGAAAUAGUUACAGAUAUUUCACACUCAACUCAUGUGACCAAAAUGUUGCUCGCUGUUGUGACAUCAUUGAACUUAACACUCGUAUCCAACGUGAACUUUUUAAGUUGCUGAAUAAAUCAGCUGCUGAAGGUGGUCUUUAUGGUGGGGCGUCUGCUAUAAAAUCUCGUUUCCUUCCUUGGUUGGGUCAAGAGUAUAUUUAUGAUGGCCGCUCUCUGACAGCAGGCUAUGCAAACAGGGAUCAGAUCAACCAGUUGGAGGAAACAAAACUCUCCCUGCAGAUUAUGGAAGAUGAACUCAGGACUAUUCAUGAAGAAAAUGCUUUGCUAAGGGAACAAAUCAAAAGCCGAAGUUCCAAUGAUUUGAAGAGUCUGGAAUAUAAUCCUGUGGAAGUAAAACCAGUUAAAAGACUGAAGAGGGGUGCAUCAUUGUCAUCUUUGGAUAGCAUCCAGGAACUUCGACAGGAUCAAAUCAUUCAACGUUUCAAAGACAUGUAUUAUACCGAAAGGAUUGAUGCCAUGAAUACUCUGAGACUUUAUUCAGAUGACCAAAUAAGGAAUGAAAAAAUUGUAUUCACUGUUUUCAGAAAAGCUUGUGCUGCUGGACGUUUUGGCCUUCAUCAGUACAAGAAUAAACUGAGGGAUUUGUUGGAUGACAAGUACGAUGGUCCUCAAAGCCGAGACCAAUUGGCCCAAGACUUUAUUUAUCGAAACACUGGACCCUAUGACUUGAGUGGCAUGGUAUCAGAUGUUAUUCGGGAUGUGGAUUCUUCAAUCAGCCACCUCUUGCCACCAGGUUGUAGUAUUGCAGUUAUCUGCCCCUUUAUCCGUGAAAGUUGCAAACUUGGUUGGGACAUGGCUUCACUUGUUGUACCUCUGGACAUUGACCUUGGUAUUGACACUGUCUUUGAUCCAGUCAAGUAUCGUCGCAGUGUCAAUUCUGACUACAGCAGCCACAUUGUGAGCCACUUUAUUUGGCCUUGUCUCUACCUAGGCUCGUCUCUUGCCAGCAGCCGCAAAGUCGUUUCCCAAGGAGAAGUUGAGACACGUAGCACUGUUGAUCAGAGAAAUUACCGUUCCAGAAGCCCAUCUCCUCGUAGCCGCAGUCCCACAAAAUGGUGA